AUGUCGCAAAAACUCGCUGCUAAGGUCAAAAAUGUCUUAAGUGGUGACACCGUGGUGUUGGUGCCUACUAAAACAGCACAAUUCCCAAUUCCAGAGAGAAUUCUCACUCUCCAAUAUGUUCGAGGCGACACUUUCGAGGCCAAAGAGUACUUGAGACAGUUGAUGAUUGGAAAAGAAGUCAAGUUUGAGGUCGGUUUCAAGGUUCCCACCACCGGGAAAGAAUUUGGUGACAUUCUGUCGCCAAUAUUUUCAUCUUUGAUCGAGCACUUGUUGGAGAAAGGUUUGGUCAAGUUGAACGACAACAUUCGUGCUGAUACUGACGAUGUGGCUGAACGCGUGGAAGAUUUGAAGGUGCUUGAGGCUCAAGCCAAGCAGAAACAGGUUGGGAUCUGGGCUCCCAAGUUUGCCGAUCCCGAAUUGGUUCCUCUCACUGAAGACAUCAUCUCCAAAUCUCAGAACACCCCAUUGACUGCCAUUGUCGAGAGGGUCAUCAGUGGAGAUAGAGUUAUUGCACGCAUUUUCGUCAGCAAACAGAAACACGCCGAGCUGCCCUUGAUCUUGGCCGGUAUCAAGGCUCCAAGAACAGAUGAAGUUGGUACUUCGCAAAAGGUGGCCCAGCAGGCUAAGCAGUACGUUGAAGACCGACUCUUGACGUCCAAAGUGAAUGUGAAGGUCAAGAUCAUCGGCGAGAACCUGAAUGGUGUACCAUUAGCCAUCUUCGAGCAUCCUACAGGCAACAACAUCCACGAGAAGUUGCUAGAGAGUGGUUUCGCUGAGAUUGUUGAUUGGCAAUCCAGUCUCAUUGGCUCAGCCAUUAUGAGCCAGUUGAGAAAGGCUGAGCAGACAGCUAAAGCCUUGGGCAAGGGUGUGUUCGAGUCUUUAGCCGGCACGAAGCCUGCUGCCGGUGGUGCUAAGCUGGCUAUUUCCUCCAAGACCUUGAGACCGGGUCUUACAGUUGAGAACGUCACCAUCUCCAAAAUUAUCAAUGUUGACAGCUACAACGUUAGAUUGCCAUCAGGAGAAGAAAUCACGGUACAAUUGGCUUCGUUGAGAGGUCCUAGACCCAAUGACACCACUGUGACCACCAACAAGAAUUACCAACAGGCAUUGGUACAGAUGGCCAGAGAGUUUGUUAGAAACGUUGCCAUUGGUAAGUCUGCAACCAUGUACAUUGACGGUUUCAGAGAGGCUAACAAGGAAUAUGGCCUCGAUGCUCGUUUCUUGGUGUCGUUGAAGUUGGGAGACAAGGAUCUUUCGGAAUCGAUUGUUUCCAACGGUUUUGCCACAGUGAUCAAGCAUAAUAAGCAGACUGCUAACGAGAGAGCUAUUAACUGGGACCGUUUGGUGGAGAUCGAGGAAGAGCAGAAGAAGUUGGGGAAGAAGGGUGUUUAUUUCUCUGGUAGUGACAUCUCCAAGAUCUUGACCAUCGGCACUAGAGUUGUCAACGCAUCUGAUAACUAUGGAAAGGCCAAGGCUUUCUUCAAUGGAUUUAGCAAGAAGGGCCGCAUGAGUGGAUACUACGUCGAGUAUGUCUCUUCUGUUAACAAACUCAAGUUGUACAACCCUAAGGAAGGCACUAAGUUGUCGUUGAUCUUAGGAGGUUUGGCCAAUGAGAAAUCGCUUAACAACACUGAGGGUCUUGAAUAUCUCAACAGAAAGUAUCUUCAGAGAAACGUCGAGUUUGAGAUCUACGACAGUGACAAGAUUGGAAGUUUCGUGGGUAACUUGUAUGCCAAUGCACAGGCCAUCAAGACCGUACAGGAGGAGCUUUUGGAGAAUGGAUUGACCACUACAUAUUCCUUGGCCAUCAAUGCCAACAGACGGUCCUCUGAAUUGCUUGCUGCUGAAGAGGCUGGUAAGGUUGCUCGCAAGGGAAUCUGGAAGAACUUCAACGCCAGUGAGGCACAAAGAGACGUGGAUACCGCUGCUUCACAGUUGGCGAAGACGAACUUGAAUGCCAAGCCACAGUUCUUUGACAUUGAAAUCGUCGAUAUCGAUCCGUCUGGAGUUUUGUCGUAUCACAUCACCGAUAAGGACAUUAGUGCCACAUUUACCAAGUUCAAGGAAGAGUUCAAAGCUUUCCAUCAACAGAAUGCCAGUGCAAGCACCACGUCUGUUGACUUGCCAGUCAAUUUGACUGCUCCACCUAAAAAGAAUGAGCUUGUUUCAGCUAAGUUCAGUGAGAAUGGAAAGUAUUACCGUGCCAGAGUGCUCAACUUCGAUAGAAGCACUCAGAAUUUCGAGGUGAAGCAUGUUGAUUUUGGAAACAUUGAUCGUGUCCCGUUGUCAUCUUUACGUGUUUUGCCCAAGAAAUUCGGUUUGGAUGUUCUCAAGCCAUUUGCUCACACCUGUAAGUUGCAGAACAUCACUUUGCCUCCAACCCAGCCACGCGACUACUUGUCCGAGGCCUUGGAGGUGUUGGAUGAGUUGACCUACGAUAACAAGCUUGUGCUUUCGGGCUUGCCAUCGUCAACUCCGGGUGUUGAGUUCGAUGCUCUCUUGUAUGACGAGAUUUCCUUGGUCGACAGCACCUACACCAUCAACAAGGAGUUGGUGGAGAGGGGCUAUGGUAUUGUGGAGCCAAACACUAAUAUUCGAUUGCAGGAUUACAUCAAUUGGUGUUUGGAGGCACAAGAGCAAGCCAAGGCAAAAAGACUUGGAUGUUGGGAGUUUGGAGACAUCAGAGACGAGGAGGAGCAGUACUAA